UAAAAUUAUAGUAGUUAGUUAAUUUGUAAAUAACUGUUUCCUAAUUCGCGUUUGAAAUAUCACAAAACAAAUAGUACACAGUCAGUUUAUUUUUAUUUUUUGAGUGUUUUUAACUGACCAUGGCUACUAAAAUCUAUUUCGUUUUUGCGAUCAUAUGUAUCGUGCCAAUAAUAUAUGCUUGUAAUGAAGCAAUAUGUGCAAGUGUCGUGUCCAAAUGCAUGUUAACUCAAUCCUGCAAGUGUGAUCUAAAGGACUGUUCAUGUUGCAAGGAUUGUUUCAACUGUCUUAGCUACUUAUACAGUGAAUGUUGCAGUUGUGUUGAUAUGUGUCCAAAGCCUAACGACACACAGACAGAGCUAUCUAAGUCGUCCCAUGUGGAAGAACUCACCGAUGGUGUGCCAGGAUUGUUUGCUGCGUUGACCAGUGAGCCUGACCCUCAGCAGAGGUGGCUCUCUAUUACAUAUCCUGUAGAUAUUGAUCUCUCCGCAUAUAGACCUGGAAACCCUGAAAGACAAGUGGUGUAUCAUUUGCAGAGUGUGGAACAAGAACCAGAGCCGGUGAGCCGGGAUGUGGUGACCUUCAACUGUACCGUAGCGUACAUGUCGCAGUGCAUGUCUUGUGACAAGUGCCGCGCCUCCUGCCGGUCUAUGGGUUCCAAUAGCUUCAGAUGGUUCCACGACGGUUGUUGCGAGUGCAUCGGCGAGAAGUGCCUGUACUACGGCAUCAAUGAGAGCAGAUGUUUAUCUUGUCCUGGCGGUAAGGAGACUACUGUCAACACAUUGGACGAAGACCUGAGUUAUGAUGAUCUGGAUUACGGAGAAGAUGUUGACGCACAAUCUGUUUAAUU